UGUUUGCCCAUUUUAGCAGCACGAUGCCAGAACUGCAGCCCUUGAGAGUGCCAGUGAAAGACCGAUGGUGUCGAAACAACAUGAGGGCUUCGAGGAUUUGCUGCAGCUCUUCGCAGCAGCCCUCCCGGACUCAAGCAAGGAUCCUGCUGCAGAAUAUUUUCAAUCAGUCACAAGAGUCACAAGAGUUUGGACCACUGUUCCUGCUUUGACCGAAAGCAGCAUUUCACAGGUUUCUUCAAGACUGUUGUGUUAAGCACAUAUACCUCUAGAUAUAUUGCCAGGGAAUUUCUCGAGGUGCAGUGUUGACCCAGACUAUGGACACAAAAUUUGUGAAUGCCCGAGACCUCAUCCUUUUUGAGCAGCACAACAAAACUGACGAAGUCAGCCAGGAGCAAAGCGGAGACGUUCAACAACUUCUGAAAAGUUUGCGAGAGUUCCUCCGAAAUAUUGAAGAUGGAGACGAAGCUGCUUGCGUUCUCGCAGGCGCUCGCCACGCAUUGCUAGCAUGCCGUGGCGCUGGUAGGCCUUCAGUGAGCUCAUACGCAUGCAAAACGUCCUUUUCCAUGGUGAAGAAGAUCUUGGCCCUACGGUGCUCAGACUACGCAUCGGUUUCGACGCCAUAUCACGACAACGGCCUUUUUGCAAACGUAUUGCAGGUCUGCGACGCGCUGUUGCUGACCAAACCAGGUGUGCCUGUGCUGGUUGAUUGGAGAAGAAAAGGAUCUGAAGGCCACUUCCAGUACGGACCUGAGGGAUUUGACUUGUGGAGCCAUCUCUUCGAACCGAACAAGCGGUGUCGUUCUGCCGAAACAUUGCAGUGCGAAGAUGGCCUUACUAUGCCUGGCCGGAUCAAUUGUCUUUUCAUGAACAUGCUGCGGGGCUACUUAUGGUCCAUGCCUGAACAUGAUCUCCAACACUUGCGCUUAAGCUAUGCAGCAGCCAUCAGUGAGCUUGAGCCAACAAUGCACAUCAAAAAGCAGCUGAUGGGUAUUUGCAGAGAGUGGACAGAGGAUACCUACGUCCUAGGCGUGCACAGACGUCUUGCUUGCUCUGAGAUGGUUGCUUGCCAGUUGUCGCAGCGCGCGCCUAGCAAUGUGGAGUACAUCUCCAGAGCAAGAAAGCUCUGUGCUGCCAGUGGCAAGAAGCAGAAGAUUAUUUUCCUGGCGACGGAUGAUAGUCAGGCAGUGAUCGACUUCGAAAUGGCCUUCGCGAACAGCAGUGUGAAACUUUGCUGCCGGGAUGGUGUGAAGCGCUCUGUCGGAGGUGUCCGUGAAGAUGGCGUGGACAAUGAGGUGCACCGAAACCCCUGUGCAGAAGCAGAUGCAGAGGAUGCUCUAGUUGAUGCGCUUUGCUUGGCAAAAUGUGAAGAGCUGAUUUGCGUUGACUCCAAUCUCUCAAUCUUCGCAGCGCUGAAGAAUCCCAGAUUGCGUUUGCAUGCCCUGAGCAGCAUUCUUCCCGAGGGAUGGGAGGAAGAUGCGGCCCAGCCUGAAGAACCGGUUCAUGAGUCAUACGAGGUAGUCUUUGCACCAAUGGUCUUUGUUCGGAAGGGCCCAAGCACCGCUACCGAGCUUCUUGGCGCCCGGAAGAUGGGAGAGACUGUGCACUGCACAGGGCGUGGCUUUGAUGGUUGGGUAGAGCUUCAAUCAGGUGGCUGGAUGCUGGUGGACGGAGCCCGAGGGGGCAAGCAGAAUGCUGCAGCAGGGCUGCUUCUGAAGCCUGUUGGGCGCGUCCUUGCGGGGCAGAGCGGUGAAAAAGGUCUCUCAGACGACAGAAAAUACAGACAUUAACUCCAAAAAACAACGCAAAUUAGUUUUUCACUUCGUUAGCUUUUCUUAAUCUCCGACAUUCUUAGACAAAUC